GUGCGCACAGAUAACCUCAAGUGGAACCACCUGAUAUUAAUCCAGAUCAUAAACUGUCACGAGACUGGGACCCUUCGUUUACUGCUUAACUGCGCUAAGGUUGAAUGUGGCAAAGCAACAUGGCGCUCAUAUCCGCCCUCGUCCUUGUUGCGAUAUGCGUCUGGCCUCCAGUUCUGGGCGCUGUUGGCAAGUACGAGCCCAACUGGGCCUCCCUCGACUCCAGACCUUUGCCUCCCUGGUACGACGAGGCCAAGAUAGGCAUCUUCAUGCACUGGGGGGUCUUCUCCGUGCCCAGUUUCGGCUCGGCGUGGUUCUGGUGGUACUGGCAGGGCGCCCACGAUGCGGCUUACGUCAAUUUCAUGAAGCAGAACUACCCACCGGGCUUCACCUACGCCGACUUCGCGCCGCAUUUCACGACGGAGUUCUACGAACCGAAGGCAUUCGCUGAAAUCGUCCAAGCGUCUGGAGCUAAGUACGUGGUGUUGACCAGCAAACAUCACGAGGGUUUUACCAACUGGCCCUCCAAGUAUUCCUGGAACUGGAACUCCAUGGAUGUUGGUCCCAAGAGAGAUCUAGUUGGCGAGCUUGCCACAGCUUUCAGGACUUAUGCCAAAGACGUUCAUUUUGGCCUCUACUACUCGCUGUUCGAAUGGUUUAACCCGCUGUAUCUGCAAGACAAGCAGGGUGGCUUCAAGACGCAGGAAUAUGUCCGGGACGUAGCCCUUUCAGAAUUGUACGAGAUCAUUGAGAACUACAAGCCUGACGUGCUGUGGUCGGACGGGGACUGGGAGGCUACUGCCGAUUACUGGAAUAGCACCGAAUUCCUGGCGUGGUUGUACAACAGCAGCCCCGUCAAUGCAACGGUCGUAACAAAUGAUCGAUGGGGCAAGGGAACUUCCUGCAAACAUGGCGGAUACUACACGUGCCACGAUCGCUAUAACCCGGGUGUUCUUCAAAAGCACAAAUGGGAGAAUGCCAUGACAAUUGACAGGAAGGCCUGGGUUUUUCGCCGCGAAGCCGUCUUGGCCGAUUAUUACGACAUGGAGUAUCUCACCAAAACCUUAGCAGAAACUAUCAGCUGUGGCGGCAAUCUGCUGAUGAACAUUGGCCCCACCCAUGACGGUCGCAUCGUGCCGAUAUUUGAAGAGCGACUACGUCAGAUGGGUACCUGGCUGAAGGUCAACGGCGAAGCUGUCUACUCGACGAAGCCUUGGGUUGCACAAAAUGACACCAUGACACCAGGCGUAUGGUAUACCACAAAGGAAGGCUCUGUUUACGCCAUCGUGCUGGACUGGCCGGCCAAUAACGAACUGGACCUGGGCGCUCCUACGGGGAAGACGGGCCACACGAAGGUGUCCAUGCUAGGCUACAGUAUGCCGCUGCAGUGGCGCUCUCUGCCAUCGGGUAAGGGACUCAACAUCACCCUGCCCGCCCUGAACGAGGCUCAGCUGCCAUGUCAGUGGGCGUGGGUUAUCAAGAUGGACAACCUGGUGAUGGACUGUUGCUAGAAACUAUAGACACUGGCUUGCCAACUGCAGCAGUAAACAGCUGUAGAUAUUAUACAGCCAUCAUAUUGCCCUCAAAUCCACAUAAUUUCUAAUGUGAUGAAAAAAAUUCCCGCUGAGAUGAUUUUUCUUUCAGCAGGCCUAUUGUGUAAAAUAGAACUUAAUUUCUUCCUCUUUCGAAAAGUUCCCUCAGAUAAAUUUUAUUUUGUCGGGGGCGGUGAGGGCAGUUCAAUGAUGCAAUUGCUUAUUUCCAAUAAUUUGAUAUUAAAACAGUGCAUAGUGUGCUCAUUAAUCAGGAUCUUACGAUUUUAUUGCGGAUAUCCUGCAGCUGUAUGCAGUUUCUGACCGUGGCGUCCUCUUUGUCGACAGACUUUGGAAACGCGAAAAUUAAUGCAGGUUGAAUGCAUUUUGUAGAUGGUGUCGAAUGUUCAG